AUGGGUUUAUUUUCGUCGGUAACACAUUAUCCCAAAAUUCCACGUGUAUAUUUAAAUGAAGUUUAUUUAUUAACAAUAUAUGUAAAUAUAGAAUGUUUUUGUGGACCACAUUUUUGUUCAUCACGUCUUACUCGUAUUCCAUCAAAAUUUGGUCCAGGUCCAUAUCGUCAUGUUCUUAUUGAUAUGUUUCAUUAUCUUUUAUCAGCAUUAUCAACAAAUGCACAUCGUGCAUUACGUCGAUUAGAUCAUCAAAUUAAUUCAGAAAUAAUAUCAAAUAUGAAAACUGAAUAUAUUAAAGCAGCUAAAAGAUCAUCAAAAUUAAUACGUCCUAUAUCAAUACCAAAUGAACCUCGUUCAAUAUAUCAUUAUCUUCGUCAUAUAUGUAUACAAUUAGAAGCUUGUCCAAAUUUAUUUAGUAUUAUACGUAUUGACAAUCAUUGUCCAGAUAAAUGUCAUAUAUUAACAAAUACUUUUGCUUUUUCUACACAUUCAAAACAUAAACGUUCUCAAUUACGUGCUGCACAAAAUCGAUAUCGUAAACAAAAAUCUUUAUUAUGUCAUUUAAAAAAUACUUCAAUAACUUCAAAUAUUUCAAGUCCUGUUGUUGAAGAAUUACCAACAACAGAUAUUCAAACAACAAUAAUUAAUACAAAUGAUAUAUUACCAACAAUACCAAUUCCAUUACCUGGAUGUGAUAGACAAACACGUGGUUUUCGUUUUCAUAUUGAACGUAAAACACAUACUAUUACAAGAACAAAUAAAAAACAAAAAUUAAUUAAUACAAAUGAUACAUCAACAAUAAAUAUUAAACAAGAACCUAUUGAAAUUAAUAAUAUUACAUCAGAAGUUGUAUCAUCUUCAUCAACAAAUCAUUCAAUAAAAGAAUCUAAACGUUCAUGUAUAUCAAAGAAAAGACGUUGUGCAUCACCUUCAAUUGUAUGUCGAUCAGCAUCACCUGUAACAUUAAAUAUAUUAUCAUCAAAUUCAAAUCCUUCAUCACCAUCAAAUAAAAAUAAAAAAAAACGAACAACUCUUUCAACAUCUCAAUCAUUAAAUGAUCUUAAUAAUUGUUCAAAUAUUCUUAAACCAAAUAUUGAAAGUCAAAAUUCAUCAUCAUCAUCAUCAUCAUUUAUUCGACCAAUUCAACAAUAUUCAAUUCCACCACCAAUUGAUCCAAGAAAUCCAGUUACAUGGAAUGUUAAUGAUGUUUGUUGGUAUUUAAAUGAAUCUGGAUGUUCAUUUGCAUUAAAAACAAUUAAAGAACAAGAAAUUGAUGGUGCUGCUCUUCUUCUACUUGAUGAUUUAAAUACAGUUCAAGAUUUAUUAGAAUUUAAAUUAGGUCCAGCUGUUAAAUUUUGUCAUGUUGUUGAACAACUUCGUACACAAGUUAUUGAUACAUUUCAUUCAUCACCACCAUUAAAAACUUCAUCACGUUUAUCAACAAAUUAA